UAAAGAAAAAAAAAGUGCUAGGUGAAAGAAAAAGAAGUCGAAAUAUUACAGUUAUAACGAACAUUUAUUAUUCCAUUAUUAAUUUUUUUUUUACAAUAUUAUUGUUUUUAAAUAAAAUCCAAUAAAGAUUUUUUUUUUUUUUUUAAAUAGAGAAUAAAUAAAAUUACUUCAGGAAAAUAAAUUUCUCGACAGAAAAAAUGAAUUUUACAAUUAAAAGUGGAAUAAUGAAGGGAAAGGAGAAAACAAUUGAAUUGGGUAAUGUUAAUUUAGGAAAAUUAUUAUUGGAUACACUAAAAAGCAAACCAAAUUUUGUAGGACAGAUUGAUGCAAUCACAGGCGAAAAAAUAAAUUAUGGACAAAUGGCUGAAAAAAGUGUUCAAUGUGGAAUUUGGUUUAAAAAAAAUGGUUUAAAUUUUAACGAUAUUGUAUUUACUUGUUGUCAAAAUCGAAUUGAUACGUAUAUUCCAAUUUUUGCAACAUUCUACAAUGGUGCUACAUUUGCAUUUGGACACAAAGGAAUUUUACCUCAAAGGACUAGAUAUCUUUUUGGUUUGCUGAAGCCAAAAUUUAUCAUAACCGAAGAAGAGGAAGUAAAAUUAUUUGCCGAAAUUGCUAAGGAAGAGAAAUUAAAUGUAAAAAUUGUGACCUUUACCAAAGUAACAGGUUAUUAUUAUUUAGAGGACAUUCUUAAAGAAUCGAAUUCUAAUGAAGUAUUAAAAUUUAUCUCAUUGCCACCACUAAAUCCAAAUGAUGAUUGUGUUUUACCAUUAACAUCCGGUACAACUGGUGAUUCAAAAAUUCUCGCCCACUCCUAUAAAAGUAUUAUGGAAGGUCUUUUAAUUAACAAUAGCCAAAUAGAAAUUAUUAAAAAUGACAUAUCAUUGAUUCAUUUUCCACUUUAUUGGGUAAUUGCCCUUAGGAUAAUGUUGGGCGAUAUUUUGAAUUUUACAACAAGAAUUCUUGUUAAUGAAACAAAUCACGAUUUACAUGAUGCUUUUAAAUUAAUUCAAAAAUAUAAGGUUACAAAAGUGAGAUUUACUCUCGGUAUGAUAUAUCGAUUAUUCAAAUGGAAUGAAAUAGAAAAAUAUGAUACAUCAUCGAUAAAAAUGAUAACAUUUAGUGGUUGUAAAUUGCCACCGGAAAUUUUUAAAUUUUUGAUAAAAGUAUUUAAAAAUAGCAUUGUUGAACAAAUAUAUGGUUCAACUGAAAUGACAAUUCCCAUGUGUCGUGGAAUAAUGAAUAAAAUAAAUUUAAAUUCCUGUGGUUAUUUAUAUCCAAAUAUGUCAAUGAAAAUAAUUGAUAUUAAAUCAGGUGAAAUAUUAGGACCAAAUAAAUCAGGUGAAAUUUGCUUUAAAUCCCGACAUUUAAUGAAGGGCUAUUAUAAAAAUCCAACAGCAACUAAAAAUGCUAUUGAUUCUGAAGAAUGGUAUCAUACUGGUGAUUUGGGUUUUUAUGAUGACAAUGGAUUAGUAUUUUUUCAAGGAAGAGUUAAAGGCAAUACAAUCAAAUUAAAUGGUGAAAUUGUACCACUUUGGCUUAUUGAACGUGCUUUAAUUUGUAAUUCAGAAGUUUUAGAAGCAUGCGCUUUAUCUGAUGGUGAUGAGAAUUUUACAAAUUUAAAAAUUAUUGCAUUUGUUGUUCUUUUACCAGGUUCACAGAUUACAGAAAAUGAACUCAGUGAAAUUAUUAAAAAUUUUACUGAUAUUAAAUUGCCAAUUACAGUGAAAAUUGUUGAUUCAAUGCCAGUGACAUACAAUGGAAAAAUUAAAACCAGUGAACUUUUAAUGCAAAUUAAAAAUAAGUGAUAUAA